GCUGUGCAAGAUGAGGCUGUUGGUCGUCUGCUUCGCUCUGUCCGCGCUCCGUGCGCGUUCCGGGUUGAGUGCCCCAUCACGUCAGGACCCCCCGGCCCCCCCUCCGUCCGCGGCGGCGUCAGUGCAGGAAACCGCAGCAGUGCAUCCGUUCACCGACGAGACCGACCGCGGUCGAGGCGCCACCGGUCAAAAUGGUGAGCAGAGAACGACACAGAACCGGCACUGCUUCUGUGGACGUCUGGGUGCAUGAUGCGUCGUACAGAUCGCCCUCUUCUCCGUCGCACGCAGUCUGACUCCGACAAGAAGACCAAGCCAGAGCAGGAUUAUGACGAGGUCUGCUGCGAUGAUUGUUUUUAUUACAGAAAUGUUCGUGACUGUUACGAUCAGUGCAAUGAUGACUUUUGCCGAUGACGAGACAGCCAACCCGUCUUCAGGCCAGGUUGUAGUGCCGCGUUCAGUGCCGCAUGCAUUGUCACUGGUGAAUUUUUUGUCUUGUGACUGGCUGGGACGCCCACCGACGGGCAGGGACCUUGUGAAAUGCUGAACACAAACCCGUUUCGUGUUGUGGUGUGGCUCUGGUGACUUCUGCUGCUGGUUUGCGGACCGUGCUUCGUGAGCCGUCAGUGCGUGAAGCGACACCUCACUU